AUGCUUCUUUUGGUCGACGCAGACGAAUUGGUAGGCCUCUGCGGAGUUGGACGUCAGCACUCUCGAGCAAUGGCCAUCUUCAUCCUGACACCUCAGCUUCUAACCCUCGGGGUUGGCUUCAUUUUUCUGCUGUCUGGCGGCCUAUUUCGAUUGCUGCAAUCCCAUAGCCAUCGUCAUCGCUGCUCACCCGUUGACAACCACUUCACUUCCUGCUCCGAUUGUGGUCCACAUGAGGUGAACCGGAGUUCGGAGGCGUCUUACAAGACUGUGGCACGCAGCCCAGGCAAUUGUGGCCGUCUAAUGCUCAAUCCGGCCUGGCCUAGGCACGCAACCCCAGAGGCCCCUGAAGCCAGGAUGGGAAAUUUUUUGCCUCUCUCCGGCAAUUUAGGAUCACAUGAGUCAGGCAGGCAGUUGAAAGAGACAUCCGUUCGAGCCCAAACUGGAGUCAUGCUUGGUGGAAAUGGUGAGAAUGUCCACGAGCCAAGCUAUCCAAUAAUGUUUGCUGGGGCGUCACGUUGCGACGAGUUCCAAGGCUUGAAGCCGAUCAAGACCGCCUCACUCAGUCUCAACCCUGGCGAGUUGACCAGCGUCACCUCAAUGACGGGCGAGCAUCAUCCGGUAUCUCCAUCAUCUGGUGCCAGCCUCAUGGCUGGACUUUCUGGUCCGUCCAGGUACAUCCAGAAGACUGGCUCACUUCGCCCAGGACAGACGCUGGACACAAUAGGUCUCUCAAGGGUCGAG